AUGGAGCAGCAACCGCGAGGGGGGCCUCCAGGCGGGCUGCAGAAGGGCCCCAACCGAAAACGUGAAAAACCCAACGCAGCCAGGCGGCCUGCUGGCUCUGCCUUUUCUCCGCUCUCUGUGUGUGCUGGGGGCCCCCCCAUAGAGGGACGAAGAACACCAGCCUCGGAGCAGCACCAGCAGCAGCAGCAGCAGCAGCAGCAGCAGCAGCGGCGACGAGAGAGUAACAUGAACAAUGCUGCGCAGGAAUUGCAAAGCUCGGAGAAAGAUGCUCUUCUAGAGCAGCAGAUACAGGAAGUGCAGCAGCAGCUCGAUGCGCUUCACUGUGUGCAGCAACAACCCCACCAGCAACAACACCCUGAACGCAGGAGGAAGCCUUAUGCGAAGACCCAGCCCCAGCCCCACCAACUGCAGCAACAGCAGCAACAGCAGCAGCAGCAGCUGCUGCUGCAUCAUCAGUUUCACAUAUCGCAGAUGCAGCAGCAACAGCAACAGCAACAGCAACAGCAGCAGCAACAGCAGCAACAAGAGCCCCAUGAGCAACUGCAGCAGCUGCAGCUGGACGAUGCGCAGCUGGAGGUUGUUACAGUUCAACAGGCAGUGCCAUCGCCCCCCUUAGAACAGCAGCAGCAGCAGCAGCAACAGCAGCAGCAGCAACAGCAGCAGCAUGAAAGACAAGAACGUCAACGAAUAACACAGCGAAUGCCAAGACAGAUAAGGAAUACCAUGCAGCAGCAGCAGAAGCAGCAGAUGCGCCCGAGAUAUGAACGCGCACAACAAAGACAGCAGCAGCAGCAGCAACAGCAGCAGCAGCAGCAGCAGCAAACUCGUCGGUCUAAUUCGCAGCAGAAUCUAAGGAUUCUAGAGCAGCAGCAGCAACUUGAAAUAGUGAAGCGAGAUAUUGAGGAAAUUGAAAAACUAAUGCAGCAAAAGCAGCAGCUCUUCUCGGCGCAGCACGAGCCCGAGCUGCACCCCGCAGUGGAGCAGCAGCAGCUGCUGUCGCCGCAGCAGCAGCACAUACAGCAGCAGCAACAACAGCAACAGCACAUACAGCAGCAGCAACAGCAACAGCUACAGCAGCAAAGGCUGAAACAGCAACAGCAACAGCAACAUGAACUCCAACGACAACAGAAACAGCAACAGCAGCAGCUGCUGCAGCAGCAACAGCAGCAGCAACUGGAACUGCUGCUGCUGCAGUUACCCGAUGAGCCUCCAUAUACAGAAGGAACUGAAGCGCAGCACGAAUGUUUUGUAGGGGAGUCGAAGCAGCAGCAAGUAAAUAUAUGGGGGGUUAUGUCUGCUGCUGCAGCAGGAAGAGAUUGUUCCGCGCUGCAGCAGCAAACCCUGCUAGAUGAAAUAUCAAAGCUGAAGCAGCAGCAAGAGGCAGAGCUGCAAAAGAUAUGUGGAAAGCAUAGCCAGCAGCUUGAACGUCUGAAACAGCUGCAAAGCGAGCAGCUGCAUAUACACCCUGGGGUGUAUGGCAGCGAACACCGCAGACCAGAGAAGGGGAUUCAAGGGUUAAGAGAGCGGCAGCUGCAGGAGCAGCUGCGGCUGCUGCUGCUGCAGCAGCAGCAGCAGCAGCCGCAGCAGCAGAAAGAUGUGGCUGCAGCAACCAAUCACAACCAACAGCAAGGCACAAUACUGCAUACCCACGAACAAGCGGCGCUGCAGCGCGAGUUUUUGUCGCAGCAGCAAAACAAUUUCAAACAGCAGCAGCAGCAGCAGCAGCAGCAGCAAGUGCAGCAGCAGCAAGUGCAGCAGCAGCAACUGCAGCAGACACUACAACAGGGAGAGCAGAACAUCGGCAUGCAAAGGCACAAUAUUUACACAGCCGCAGCACCAGGACCGCAGCAGCAGCUGCCCCUGAUGCUGCCUCUUCUAUCGCCUCCCUACACAGCAGCAGCAGCAGCAGCAGCAGCAGCAGCAGCAGCACAGCAGCAGCCUCAGCUGCAUGCGCAGCAAGAUGCCAGUUCCCCCCCAAAGGAGCAGCAGCAAAGCACCCCGCUUUCGCAGCAGCAAUACAUUACGAUGCCCCCCCAGGAAGACACAGAGGAGGCCCCGCAGCUCUCGCAUGCACGGCGGCUGCUGCAGCAGCAGCAGCAUCUGCACUCGCUGCAGCCCCCAAACCUAGACCAAGAGCAGCAGGCUGAGGAGACAGCAGCAAACAGCCAGGAGCGUCCACUCCCUGCACCGAGACAACUGAAGGGCGAGGAGCUGCUUGCGGAGGAUCGUUUGUCCGCUUGUAGCCAGCAGCAGCAGCAGCAGCAGCAGCAGCAGCAGCAGCAGCAGCCGUUGCAACCGCAGCAGCAGCAGCUGCAACCGCAAAAGCAGCAACAGCAGAAGCAGGAGCAACUGCAGCAGCAGCAACUGCCGCAGCAGCCGCAGCAGCAACCGCAACCGCAGCAGCAGCAGCAGCAGGAGAAGGAGCAGCAGCAGCAGCAGCAGCAACUGCAACCGCAGCAGCAGCAGCAGCAGGAGAAGGAGCAGCAGCGGCAGCAGCAGCAGCAACUGCAACCGCAGCAGCAGCAGCAGCAGCAGCAACAGCAGCAACAGCAGCAGCAGCAGCAGCCGCAGCAGCAGCAGCAGCAGCAACCGCAGCAGCAGCAGCAGCAGCAACCGCAGCGGCAGCAGCAGCAGCAGCAACCGCAACCGCAGCAGCAGCAGCAGCAGAAGGAGCAGCAGCAGCAGCAGCAGCAACUGCAGCAGCAGCAGCAGCAGCAGCAGCUACAGCAGCAGCAACCGCAGCGGCAGCAGCAGCAGCAGCAGCAACCGCAACCGCAGCAGCAGCAGCAGCAGCUGCAGCAGCAGCAGCAGCAACUGCAACCGCCGCUGCAGCAGCAGCUGCAACCGCAGCAGCAGCAGCAGCAGCAAUAUAAGAACAACAACGGGUCAGGUGAAGGCAGAGUGCGCACAGCACUGGGCGGGGCCACCCCGGCGCUGCAGCAGCGUAGCCCCGCGUUGCUGCAGCAGGCAGCAGCAGCAACCACGCCAGCCCAGCAGCUGCAGACGAAGAGGGAGCAGCAGCUGCAACGGAGUGUAGGGCCGAUGCAUAGCCCGCUGCAGCAGCAGCAACAGCAGCAGCAGCAGCAGCAACAGCAGCAGCAGCGCCAGCAAGAGCCGUGGUCGCUGCCAAGAGCAGCAGCUGCUUCACCUCUGCCUGCUGAGCAGCAAAUCCAGCAGCAGCAACUGCUGCAGCAGCUGCACCAAGUACACGCAAGUGCAACACCGCACCAGCAACAGCAGCGACAGCAGCAGCAGCAGCAGCAGCACGAGUCUCUGCGCAGCCCUAUAGCAUGGCCCCGUCUGCAGCAGCAGCAACAGCAGCAGCAGCAGCAGCAGCAACAGCAGCAGCUGUGGCAGCCUCCAAUUUCGCGCUCAGUGCUUGCAGAGCCACCAGCUGCUGAUAGCUGCAAUGUGCUGCAGCGUGUGAUGAUCAGUGAGCAGCAGCGGCAGCAGCAGCAGCAGCAGCGGCAGCAGCAGCAGCAGCUGCAGCAGCAGCAGCAACAGCAGCAGCAGCAGCAGCAGCAGCAGCAGCAGCAGCAACAGCAGCAGCAACCGCAACCGCAGCAGCAGCAGCAGCAGCAACCGCAACCGCAGCAGCAGCAGCAGCAGCGACUGCAACCGCAGCAGCAGCAGCAGCAGAAGGAGCAGCACCAGCAGCAGCAGCAACUGCAACCGCAGCAGCAGCAGCAGCAGCAGCGCAGCAGCUGCUGCAGCAGCAGCAACUGCAACCGCAACCGCCGCUGCAGCAGCAGCUGCAAGCGCAGCAGCAGCAGCAGCAAUAUAAGAACAACAACGGGGCAGGUGAAGACAGACCCGCUGCAGCAGCAGCGACAGCAGCAGCAGCAACAGCAGCAGCAAGAGCCGUGGUCGCUGCCAGGAGCAGCAGCUGCUUCACCUCUGCCUGCUGAGCAGAAAAGCCAGCAGCAGCAACUGCUGCAGCAGCUGCACCAAGCACACGCAAGUGCAACACCGCACCAGCAACAGCAGCGACAGCAGCAGCAGCAGCAGCAGCACGAGUCUCUGCGCAGCCCUAUAGCAUGGCCCCGUCUGCAGCAGCAGCAACAGCAGCAGCAGCAGCAGCAGCAGCAACAGCAGCAGCUGUGGCAGCCUCCAAUUUCGCGCUCAGUGCUUGCAGAGCCACCAGCUGCUGAUAGCUGCAAUGUGCUGCAGCGUGUGAUGAUCAGUGAGCAGCAGCGGCGGCAGCAGCAGCAGCAGCAGCAGCAGCGGCAGCAGCCGCAGCAGCAACGCCAGAAGCAACCGCCACUGGCAUCAGACGCCUUCUUACUUGCUGCACGCAGGGCUGCAGAGUCGCAGCUCGCCAUGCAGCAGCAGCAGCAGCAGCAGCAGCAGCAGCAGCAGCGGCAGCAGCAGCAGCAACAGCAGCAGCAGCAGUCGUGCGACAGCUCCUUAUCUUUAGGGGAAAAAGCAUUCAUGAGUUCGAGUGUAGCUGACCGGCAGCUGCUGCUGCAGCAGCUGCGCAUGCAGCACGAGCAGCAGCAGCACAUUCAGCAGACAAAGAGGAAUACACCGCAGCAGCAGAUGCCACAGGGCCAACAGCUCUCGCUGCAGCAGCUGCAGCAGCUGCAGCAGCUGCAGCAGCUGCAGCAGCUACAGUUGCAGCAAAAUAUCAAUCAGCAGCUUCAUAUGCAGCAACAGCAGUUUUUUCCGCCGCAGCAACGAAUGCCACUGCAGCAACAACUUGAGCAGCAGCAGCAGCAGCAGCAGCAGCAGCAGCAACAGCAGCAACGCCUUCAGUCUCAGCAGCCACUGCUGCAAGAAAACUUUACGAAUCUGCUGCAGCCACAACUAAAAGUUCAGCAGCUGCCCCAAGUGCUGCACGACCUUCGGCGCAGCAGGCAGCAGCAGCAACAGUGCAGCAGCAAAGAUUACAGAGUCAACCGCCUCAGCAGCAGCUGUGGCAGCAGCUGA